GAUCAGAUCAGCUUUGCACUGCCAGCCAUCACAUCACAGACCUGAAAGUAGAAUUUUAGAGAGUAACUCCACCGCAACUCCACUUGGCCUUGACCUCCAGACUUGAGCGGACAGUAAGGACACUAGACGUCCCGCCCCACCGUAAGAAUCUGAAUCGGUUGCCUUGUACUGCAGGUGAGUUCUGAGCAGCAUGGCGGCGGGCCUGCAGGUGGUGGGUCUGGUUUUGGGUGUGCUGUCGUGGUGUCUGCAGUCCAGCUGCACGUCAUCGCAGCUGUGGAAGGUGCGGAGUCAGGCAGAGUCGGUCACCAGCAGUCAGUGGCACUUUGAGGGGCUCUGGAUGAGCUGCGCCGCCACAUCACUCGGUUCGGUCCAGUGCAACAAGUUCAAGACGCUUCUGGGCCUGCCAGUCCACCUGCAGGCAUGCCGGGCCCUGAUGAUCAUGUCUGUGGUGGUGGGCCUGGCCUCCAUCAUUGUGUCUGUGCUGGGACUCAAGUGCACCAAGAUCGGCAGGACCUCGGACCAGGUUAAAGGUCAAAUUGUCUUGAGUGGAGGUACCAUGUUCAUCCUGUCAGGUGUCUUCACUCUGAUUGCAGUGUCUUGGUAUGCUGGAAGAGUCAUCCAUGACUUCUACAAUCCUCUCUACAACGGAGUCAGGUACGAGCUGGGCACUGGUCUCUAUCUGGGAUGGGGCGCUUCCGGUCUAGCCCUGAUAGGAGGUUCAAUGCUGUGUUGUUCCUACAGGAGGAGCUCGUCCACCCCUCCUGCACGACAUUUCUCCUACAACUACUCCAAAAACAACCAAGGUCACAACAUCUACACGGCCGCUUCCACCUCUGACAGCGCCACCGCUAAAGCUUACGUCUGACCUGCUCCCUGAACGCAUCACACAAAUCAAAGCACAGUGAUGAUGUCCUCUUUUUUGUGUAUGUUUGCUGUCAUCGUGUGUGAUUUUACUCAUGUGUGAUUUACACAUGAAGUCUCAUUAGUUGUAAAUAAAGUGUAGAAACUUUUAUUUGAACGUCAGCACGUGAUUCAUAUUAAAGCUGCUCACU